AUGUUGGUUUUCCAAUUCUAUACAUUUGUAUUAGACCUGAUGUUCCAUUACAUAUAUUUCUUUGCUAUGCAGGACAAUAUGGAGCUCAUUAAAAAGUUGCCGACAAUAGCUCUGUGUGGAGGUGGGCUUUGGAUGGGUCUGGAGUUUCACAUAAAGUAUGUUAUAUCAUAUGGUACUACUGCAGCUUUUGCCAGAUUGGACAAUAUGGAACCUCCCCCGAAUCCUAGAUGUAUAGCCAGAAUACAUGUGUACUCACAAAUGUGGAGACACUUUGAUGUCGGACUCUACAGAUUCUUAGUGAAGUACAUCUACAAACCUGGUUAUGGCUCGCUAGUCAAACAUUGCAAUUUAUCCAAAAUGGCCUGCAAGUUACUUGCUUCUUUAGCGACAUUUCUUUUUGUGUUUGUUUGGCAUGGGACUGUUUGGCAUAUACUGGUAUGUUGUUGUCAAGUAUCUAUGUAUUUAGAAAAUGUUCCUGCCAGAGGCACUGUUUAA